ACUCUACUCUCUAUCUCUCUCUACUGCAAAGCUUCAGAACUCUGGCAGCAGAGAGAUAAAAAAAAAAAAAGAUGAUGGGGUUUUUAACUUUAUCCUCGCAAAUAAUUCUUCUUCCCUUCGUCUCUUCUCACACACACAGUCCCUACACUUGUACAAUCUCCUCUCUUUAAACCCACAUUUAAAGUCUCUCUCUCUCCAUCUCUCUAUCUCAGUCUGUGUUUCUGUCGUCUGAGCACUCAAUGAAACCACACUGUAAAUUUUCGUCAGUAAGGAUGUGAUGGAACGAUAAAAAAUCAACACUUUUUUUUUUUUUUUCUCACGGUGAAAUUUAUAUAAAAAAAGAAAAGAUCUAAAAACAUAAUUUUUGAGUUGCUCAAAUUAUAUUAAAAAAAAAUCUAAUGUCGGUACAUAAUAUGGUUCUCUUCUUCUUCUCUGUCCUCUGUUUUCUCUCCUUCUUCUUCUUCAUGGAGACUUGAAAAGCUUUUAGUGUAGCAUAAAACGCAGUCGUUUUUUAAGUCGUUUUAAGGCUGUGUAUGGUGGUGAGAAAAAUGGCUCUGUUUGGAGAUAUUGUUCUUUUGGGUUUUCUCAUCUGUUUGAGCUUUGGGAGUACUGCUGUGAAUUCAGAUGAGGGAGCAACGUUGCUGGAGAUUAAGAAGUCGUUCAAAGAUGUGAACAAUGUUCUUUAUGACUGGACAGCUUCACCUUCUUCGGAUUAUUGUGUCUGGAGAGGUGUCUCUUGUGAAAAUGUCACCUUCAAUGUUGUUGCUCUUAAUUUGUCAGAUUUGAAUCUUGAUGGAGAAAUCUCACCUGCUAUUGGAGAUCUUAAGAGCCUCUUAUCCAUUGAUCUUAAAGGUAAUCGCUUGUCUGGGCAAAUCCCUGAUGAGAUUGGAGACUGUUCUUCUUUGCAAAACUUGGAUUUGUCUUUCAAUGAAUUAAGUGGAGACAUACCGUUUUCGAUUUCGAAGUUGAAGCAACUUGAACAACUGAUUCUGAAGAAUAACCAAUUGAUAGGACCGAUCCCUUCAACGCUUUCUCAGAUUCCAAACCUGAAGAUUCUGGACCUGGCACAGAACAAACUUAGUGGUGAGAUACCAAGACUUAUAUACUGGAAUGAAGUUCUUCAGUAUCUUGGGUUGCGAGGAAACAACUUGGUUGGUAACAUUUCUCCAGAUUUGUGUCAGCUGACUGGUCUUUGGUAUUUUGACGUGAGAAACAACAGUUUGACAGGUAGUAUACCUGGGACAAUAGGAAAUUGCACUGCCUUCCAGGUUUUGGACUUGUCCUACAAUCAGCUUACUGGUGAGAUCCCUUUUGACAUCGGCUUUCUGCAAGUUGCAACAUUAUCAUUGCAAGGCAAUCAGCUUUCUGGGAAGAUUCCAUCAGUGAUUGGUCUCAUGCAAGCCCUUGCAGUGUUAGAUUUAAGUAGCAACUUGUUGAGUGGACCUAUUCCUCCGAUUCUGGGAAAUCUGACUUUCACUGAGAAAUUGUAUUUGCACAGUAACAAGCUGACUGGUUCGAUUCCACCUGAGCUUGGAAACAUGUCAAAACUCCAUUACCUGGAGCUCAACGAUAAUCAUCUUACAGGUCACAUACCACCGGAGCUAGGGAAGCUUACUGACUUGUUUGAUCUGAAUGUGGCCAACAAUAAUCUAGAAGGACCUAUACCUGAUCAUCUGAGCUCCUGUACUAACCUAAACAGCUUAAAUGUUCAUGGGAACAAGUUUAGCGGCACCAUACCACGAGCGUUUCAAAAGCUAGAAAGCAUGACUUACCUGAAUCUUUCCAACAACAAUAUCAAAGGUCCAAUCCCAGUUGAGCUAUCUCGUAUCGGUAAUUUAGAUACAUUGGAUCUUUCCAACAACAAGAUAAAUGGCAUCAUUCCUUCUUCCCUUGGUGAUCUGGAGCAUCUUCUCAAGAUGAACUUGAGCAGAAAUCAUAUAACCGGUGUAGUUCCAGGCGACUUUGGAAAUCUAAGAAGCAUCAUGGAAAUAGAUCUUUCUUAUAAUGAUAUCUCGGGCCCAAUUCCAGAAGAGCUUAACCAAUUGCAGAACAUAAUUUUGCUGAGACUGGAAAAUAAUAACUUGACUGGUAAUGUUGGUUCAUUAGCCAACUGCGUCAGUUUGAAUGUAUUGAGACUGGAAAAUAAUAACUUGACUGGUAAUGUUGGUUCAUUAGCCAACUGCGUCAGUUUGAAUGUAUUGAGACUGGAAAAUAAUAACUUGACUGGUAAUGUUGGUUCAUUAGCCAACUGCGUCAGUUUGAAUGUAUUGAAUGUAUCUCACAACAACCUGGAAGGCGAUAUCCCUAAGACCAAUAACUUCUCAAGAUUUUCACCAGACAGCUUCAUUGGCAAUCCUGGUCUUUGUGGUAGUUGGCUAAACUCACCCUGUCGUGAUUCUCAUCCAACUGUACGAGUGUCAAUCUCUAGAGCAGCUAUUCUUGGAAUAGCUAUUGGGGGACUUGUGAUCCUUCUUAUGGUCUUAAUAGCAGCAUGCCGGCCGCAUAAUCCUCCUCCUUUUCUUGAUGGAUCACUUGACAAACCAGUAACCUAUUCAACCCCGAAGCUCGUCAUCCUUCAUAUGAACAUGGCACUCCACGUUUAUGAGGAUAUCAUGAGAAUGACAGAGAAUCUGAGUGAGAAAUAUAUCAUUGGGCAUGGAGCAUCAAGCACUGUAUACAAAUGUGUUUUGAAGAACUGCAAACCGGUUGCGAUUAAGCGGCUCUACUCUCACAACCCACAGUCAAUGAAACAGUUUGAGACCGAACUCGAGAUGCUAAGUAACAUCAAGCACAGAAAUCUUGUGAGCCUACAAGCCUAUUCCCUCUCACACUUGGGGAGUCUUCUGUUCUAUGACUACAUGGAAAAUGGCAGCCUCUGGGAUCUUCUUCAUGGCCCUACGAAGAAGAAAACUCUUGAUUGGGACACACGGCUUAAGAUAGCAUAUGGUGCAGCACAAGGACUAGCGUAUCUACAUCAUGACUGUAGUCCAAGGAUCAUACACAGAGACGUGAAAUCGUCCAAUAUUCUCUUGGACAAAGAUUUAGAGGCUCGUUUGACAGAUUUUGGAAUUGCUAAAAGCCUGUGUGUGUCAAAGACACAUACUUCAACUUACGUUAUGGGCACGAUUGGUUACAUAGAUCCCGAGUAUGCUCGCACUUCACGUCUCACUGAGAAAUCCGAUGUCUACAGUUAUGGGAUAGUGCUGCUUGAGUUGUUAACCCGAAGGAAAGCCGUCGAUGAUGAAUCUAAUCUCCACCAUCUGAUAAUGUCAAAGACGGGGAACAAUGAAGUAAUGGAAAUGGCAGAUCCAGACAUCACAUCGACGUGUAAGGAUCUCGGUGUGGUGAAGAAAGUUUUCCAAUUGGCACUCCUAUGCACCAAAAGACAGCCAAGUGAUCGACCUACGAUGCACCAGGUGACUCGUGUACUCGGCAGCUUCAUGAUGUCGGAGCAGCCACCUGCUGUGACAGACACGUCAGCAGCGCUGGCUGGUUCGUGCUACGUCGAUGAGUAUGCGAAUCUCAAGACUCCUCACUCUGUCAAUUGCUCUUCCAUGAGUGCUUCUGAUGCUCAGCUCUUUCUUCGGUUUGGACAAGUUAUUUCUCAGAACAGUGAGUAGUGUGAAUUACUUUUUUUCUUAGGAGAAAACUCUACAAAACGGUAUCGUUUUUGUUGCAUUAAGCUGUUAGAAAAUUAUUGUUCUCAUGUAAAAAUUUAUGCACUGCCUUAUUAUUAUUAGACAAGUGUGUGAAUAUCCUCAGACUGGCACUCCAAGUUCCUAUUUCUAUCCAAACUUAUGUUUCCGGAAA